AAAAGCAUCGACAACCGUAAAGUUCCAUUUUUUCCAAGAAACUCAAAACAGAUUAAAAAAAGAGUCUGUAAACUGUUUCUUAACAGUAUCAAUCUAGUGUAAGCUUAAGUUUUGACUUUAAUUCCCUCUCAUUGCAACAUUUUGUGUAUGUAUGUAUGUUUUUGCAAUCAUUAUUUAAGCACAUUCUAUAUAAUAGCUAAAUUUUUUUAAAGUGCCCAUUAAAAACACCUAAUUUUUUUGCAUUCAAAGUAAAAAUAUGUAGAUUAAUUUCGCUAUGUAAGCAAUUUAUUGACAUACUGAGCGUACACUAUUAAUUCCUAUGCUCAAGUUUCCUUCUUAUGCUAAAAAGUAGGCAUUCUCUAACAUUAUAAUCUUUUACAUUAGCAUAAAUAAUAUUCUGUCGCAAUGCUUGUGUACGAGGCAUCAGUGUGCAACUGGUUCCUUUGAACAAAAUACAAAAAAAAAAAUUUCACAGAACAAUGUCGCGCAGCCUCCUGGAAUACGAAAAACCCACCACCACUCAGACUUUUUGACCAUGAAUUUGUCCAAUUAUGACUAGUACAUCGUCGGUCACCCGAAGUAAACGCAUUUAUAUCAAGUGCUUACUCUGUAAAGCUUAACCAUUCUUCAUAAUUUGUAAUCGAAUAGAUUAAGAUAAAAGGAGCUUGUCAUGUCAUGGGAGAGCAUUAAUUCAAAGGAUCCGUUUAGCAUCCCUCCUAGCCAGAAUCUGUCUGCAACACAUUUACUUACAUCGCCUGAUGGAUCUCGUUUCCCAUUGGAAAAAUCAAACGAAUUAUGCCAAUUAGAUGAGAGUUUUUCCCGAUUGGCGGGAUAUGGGUCCAGUCCCGACGUAGGAUCCCGUUCCGUCUGGGCUAGUCAAGGACUUUUACCAUCACGAUCUGUUGUAAGUUGCUUUUUGUCCUGCCAACAAAGCUUAAAGCAAUAUAUAGCUAAACGAAAGUCCAUUUGUCUCCAGAUUGAGAGAGGACGACGUCUAUAUGAGCAAAACAACCAAACAGAGGCUGUACGCACAUGGCGUAGUGCAUUGAAAGGAACCUGUCAACAAGAGGACUCCUUUCAGCUUUUGGGGUACUUAUACCAGGCCCAUAUGGACUGGGGGAAGUUUCGUGAGGCUAUAGAAUUUAGUCACCAGCAGCUUGGAAUUUCAGAGGAGCUAGAUUCCCCAAAUAUGCGAGCUGAGACUUAUUUAAAUCUCAGUAGAGCACAUGCAUGCUUGGGAGGCUUAGAGCGGUCCCUGAGUUAUGCAAGGCACUCACUUUACAAUGAGUGCGGCACCAAAAUCCGAAGUGGACUUGUACAUUUGACGGUCGCUCGCGUGUACCUUGAAAUGGGCGGAUUUUCCAGAGCAUUAGAGGGAUUGCAAGGUGCUUACAAGAUUGCUACAGCCAUUGAAGAUCCAUCACUAGAGUUACAAGUUUAUGUCGCACUGUCUGAGCUUUUUGGACGUCUUCAGGAUAACGAUAAAAGUGCAACAUACGCUUCUAAAGCCUACGAUUUAUCUCGCUCUCUCCAAUUAGGGGACCUUAACUCAAGCCACCAUAGAGCUGCGCUAUUGCGAAUGGCAGUAUCUCUUCGAAAGCAGGGCGAGCUUGGAGAUGCACAGGAUUAUUGUAAGGAAGCCACAAAACUUUCGCUUAUAUCUGGAGAUCAAGCCACUUACACAAGAAGUAUUCGCAUAAUGGGUGACAUUUACCGAAAAAAAAUGGAAAUGGAUCGUGCAUUUAGGCAAUACGAACAAGCAAUGGGUACGUCAGCAAGCUUAGGUGAUCGUAUGUCUCAAAUGGAAGCUAUGGAUGGAGCGGCUCGUUGCCUGGAAACACUGCGCGUUCAAAAUAAGAUUUGCAACUGCAGGCCACUAGAGUUCAACACACGACUUCUAGAAGUUGCUAGCUCCAUUGGAGCCAAGUUUCUGGUUCGCAAGAUUCGCUGUCGACUAGCACUCAUCUACCGUGCUUUAGGCGAUGAGGAACAAUACAACACCCAUUUUCGUUUGGCCAAUCAAACGGAUGCUGCUUUAGGCCUGAACUGCGGUGCAUGUGGGGAGUUGUUUGGACUAAGGCCGGAAAACUUGGAAGCUCUACCAUGCGCACAUAUUCUGCAUGCAAGAUGUGCCUACGAAAUAUUAAGACGUCGGGAUAAAAAUGCGUCGAGAUCAUGUCCCGCCUGCAGCAAGCUGGUAAGCUCUCGUACGCAUCUUUGCGGCAUCGUACCGGUUGAGGGUGAAAGUACCAACGGAGUCGCGAUUGCCCUUAAUGCUAAUGCUCUGUCAGUCGAUGGACUCUUGGGCAUAAAUUCAGACGUUCUAUUACCUUCGACAACAAUUUGCCAUGUCAACAAACCGGCACUGGUUACCGAAAACAGCAGUUUAUUGUCACCCAAAGUCAUACACCACAGCAACUUAUCUCUGGCUUCAUUAAGUAUGCGUGCAUCUAGCCUGACGAUUGACAGCGGUCAAAAUAUAACAUCAUCUGUUUAAAAUGUAUAUGCGGAUUGGUUGUGGUGUCGACAUUAAGCAAACCAAAUUCCAGUAUCACGGUCAAGAUUUUAUUCCUAGUUAUUAUAAAUAGAUACUUAGUCUUAUUUUAAAAGUAAACAAAUGGUAACAGCACUUUUGUGGGGACCAACUUAAGCCCGUUUUAUAUAGUGGCUUAAUGCUGGAACCUAAUUUAUUAUUUAAGUCUUCACCUCUCCAAGCCUAUUACUUGUUAACUUCUUGAGUAUAGUUAAAGUUUUAGAAUUACCAAAUAUGCACUAACAUUAUAUGUAUAAACCAAAAUAAAUCGUUACUAUGUGUUAAA